AUGUCGCUAAACAGUCGAAUGCAUCCACGUAAUCCAUACAAGGAUAAACCGCCAGAUUUCGAAGCUCUCGCAGGUAAAUAUGAGGAAUUUCGCUCAUGUUGUAAAAUCGGUACAAAUGGUAAGAUAUCGGUAACCUCUUCUUGUUUCAUUGAUUUUGCUGCCAUCGAUCCACCUGAUAGGGUUGGCACUGUGGAUGACGAUGGAAUGUGA